CAUCUUACACAGAUCCUCAUAUGGCUACCUGUCGACCGCCUUUGGGGAGCAACGCUGUUGUCAACGUCGCUCUUCAAGCUGGAAUGUACCGCGACAGUGCACUGCUGUGUGUCGACGGGAAAUUGCUGACUUCUGAAGAAUGAUUGUACGGCUCCUGUUAUCAGCCUGUGCUGCUUUGUCCAUUGUUGCCUCUGGGUCUGCUAAUCAAUGCGAGGAAAAAGGUUGUCCCGACACCAAGCAAAGGAACGUUAACGUUCACGUGAUCCCUCACAGUCACAAUGAUGCCGGAUGGUUGGAAUCAGUUGAUGAAGUGUACGCAAAACACGUCAAAGACAUCUACGGUUCGUCCAUUGACUCACUCGUGACCAACAACAAGCGGCGGUAUGUUUCCUGUGAAAAUGUGUUCUUCUCUCGUUGGUGGAAAGAAAGGUCCCAAAAGGAGCAAGACGACCUGCGGGCGCUUCUAAGCUCAGGCCGUUUGCAGUUCGUCGGCGGCGGCUGGGUCCAGAACGACGAAGCCGUCACGCAUUACACGGCAAUCAUCGAUCAGAUGACGCUAGGCCUAAGGUUCCUAAAUGACACGUUCGGGGACUGUGGUCGGCCAACCGUAGCCUGGCAAGCGGAUCCUUUUGGACAUUCGAGAUGUCAAGCCAACCUUUUCGCACAGAUGGGAUUUGAUGGCCUGAUGAUUGGAAGAGUCUCCAACGACGAUGUAGCGAGACGUCAGGCGGAGAAGGAGAUGCUUUUCGUCUGGAAAACUGAACCAGGAAACAGCAAGUAUCCCAUCGAUGAGUAUUAUGUUUAGAGAUGGGACGAAUCCGGAUCCGAAUCCAGAU